CGGAGCCAUGCCACUUAUUUACAGGAAAUGUUCUGGUUUUGUAUUAGCUAAGAAGCCCAUUUUAAUAAAUAUUUUUUUAUGUACAGUGGAUAGGAGUGGCAAAGUCCCCCUGAGCUGCAGGACGAGGAGAGAUCUGCUGGUCCCACAGUGGUCACUUUGGACUCUUCUCCAUGGUGCCCCUGGCUCACACCCUGGCACUGCUGGCAAUGACCGUGGCCACUGUGGCCAUCAAGGUGGUGCCCCUGGACAUGGCCCAGAACUCCUUUGAUGACCAGUACCUCAACUGUGGCCCUGCCAUGACUGAGGCCUUGCUGGCCCUCAACAGCUCCGAGUUCCAGGAGAACCAGGAGUUUUCCCAGGCCUGGGUGAAGGCCACGGCCGAGUGGCAGAAGCGGGGCUCCCAUUCAUCCCCUCUGUCCCCAGCCCAGGCCAUCGCCCUCAUGGCCUACACGAUGACAGGUGUGCACAAGCAGUUCAACCCAGCUGUGCGCGAGGCUGGACGCUCCAGCCAGGAAUACCGGAACAACUUCCACUUCAAAACGCUGCAUUUCCUGCUGACCCAGGCCCUCCAGAAGCUGAGGCACCCUGAUGAGUGUCCAGAUGUGUUCCGUGGGGUAAGGACGAUCCAGUUCAAUGCGAAACCUGGCGAUAAAGUCCGCCUCAGUCAAUUUGCUUCGUCAUCACUGGACAAAAAGGUGGCUCAGGGUUAUGGGAACAUGACGAUGUUCGAGGUGCACACGUGCCACGGCGCAGACAUCCAGAAGUUCUCCUUCAAUCAAAGCGAGAAGGAGGUGCUGAUCCCGCCCUUCGAGACCUUUGAGGUGACCAAAGUCACCAGGGAAGGGGAGAAGGUGCAGAUUGAGCUUCGCUCCACUGGGACCUUCAGCAACUACAACUGCGAGUGGCUGCGAGGUGGGAGCCUCCCCAGGAACUCCCCCCACCUUGGGGGGCUUCUCCUGGCCGCCAUGGCUGUGGCAGUGGUCACCAGAACCCUCUGAGCCACACAGCCACCAAGGUCACUGUGGUCUUGGGGGCCACUGUGGCCACCAUGAUCAUGAAGGUCACCAGGACGCCAGAAGAAAUGAGGCCACCAAGGCUAUCAAGGCCACUGGGUACUCUCUGGCCACUGUGACCACUGUGGCCACUGUGACCACUGUUGUCACUGUGGCCACUGUGGCCACGGUCACAGUAACAAGGCGUCCAUCCUGGAAAUGCCCUUCCAAGAGCUGCUCAGUGAGGGAGCAGCGCCAGGGCAGCAGGACCAGCACAAGGGGGGCUGCCUCACCUGCUGUAGCAAAAAAUGCCGCUUAGUCACCUGCCGUUUAAGAAAUGUAUCAAAAACUUGAUCUUUGCUUGCCUGGCAUAUCAAAUGUUUAUCAGAAAUUUGCUGCUGGCUGGCCUGAUGUAUCUGCUACAGCUCCUUUAAUGCUUUUCCUGCAGGGCGCUACAUUUCAUAAAAUAAAGCACUUCCUGGAGUUUUUGUUAGAGGCAAGUUAAAGGUUUAUUUUUCAAACCUUGAUCUACAAAGAGGUGCUGGAGAAAUGUUCCUCCGUUUUUCCUCCUUCACUUCAGCCCCUCAGAAAGAACCUGGAGGGGCUAGCACAUGUCUGGGGAAGGGAUGGAGCUGGGAAAGGGUCUGGAGCACCAGGAAGGGCUGAGGGAUCUGGCGGGAGCUGCUAAGUGCAGUUAAAAAAGGAUGAAUGAUCAGUUCGGGGCCAGUUCCAAAGUUCCUGAUUUGAGGUAACACUUCAGAAGAAGCAUUGGGAGGAAAAAAAGAAAAACAAACAGAAUGAAGAAAGAUGAAAAAUAAAAUGGAGAAAUGGGGACAGAGGC